GUCCUCAAAAGCGUGGUUCAUUCAUUUUCGAUCGAUCGGUUGGUUCCAUUAGUAGAGCAAGAGUAAUAUUUUAAAGAUUAAAUAUGAAGCAAAGGAAGUCAAAUGUUGGGGUAAAAUCAGCUUUAAAUGGUGUGAAAAAUGAUAGCAUCGUGAAGAAGCAAAAAAAUAGUGAAGUAAGCACUCCUGCAAAAGGAACACCGGCAAAGAAACUUGGCAAAACUCCUGUUAAGGAAGUACCACCAAAGAAGGUAGAGGUGGAAGAGGAAGAAGAAUCCGAGGAGGAAGAGGAUUCAGGUGCCGAUGUCGCAGAAGAUGUCGUUAACGAAGGUGAAGAUUCUGAAGCUGAAGAUGAGGAGGACAACGAUGAUGAUGAUGAUGAUGACGACGAUGACGACGAUGACAAUGACGAUGUAAGUGAAGAAGAAGAUGAAAACAUUGAAGGAUUGGUAGAAAACGAAGCAGAGGAAGAUGAGGCUGAGGAAGAUGAUGACGAAGAACCAACUGAAGUACCCAUUGAAAAACGUGCUUCGGAAUCCUCAGCUAAGGCUAAGUCUAAGAAGCCGAAGUCGUCGGAUGAGACUGGUGCGCAAAAAAUUAAAACCGGUGCUCUGCCAAAAGACUUUCCAAAGGAGCAAGUGCUUAUUGUAAAAAAUUUGCCCAAAAAUUACAAACAAAUUGAGCUCGUCGAGGUAUUUGCAAAGUAUGGUACCUUAGAUACAAUUCAUAAUAUUCGCGGACCAGCAAGCUGCGUUGCAUAUGUUGCAUAUACAUCACCUGAAGAAGCCGAAGCGGCCCAAGAAGCAACAGACAAAAUUGCUACGGUAAAAGGAGCCCUUUUAAAAGUAAGCAUUCAAACACCAAAUGCGAAAAAACUUAAAAAGGCCGAGGCAUUGAAAGAAAAGAAGAAGAAAUUUGAUGAAACUAAGGACCGCACAAUUUAUAUCCGAAAUUUAAAAUUCGGUACCACAGAAGAUCAAAUUAAGAGUCAUUUCGCUAAUUGUGGGGCCAUCGAAAGUGUUAACUUAUAUAAAAAGGGAACCUUUCCCCCUGCUUGUUUUGUUUGUUUCGAAGAUGAGUCGGCACUUCCAUCUGCUUUUAAGCUACACAAUUCAAUACUAAAUGAUAGUAACAUUUGGAUUUAUAAGGCCAACGAAAUAAGAGAAGAGAUGGCUAAGGAUCCUCAACGCACAAUUCUACUUAAAAAUAAGUCAAAUUUAUCGAACAUUGAGUUCUCUAAAUUAGAGGCGAUAUUCUCCAAGUGUGGCGAAAUCGAAGUCGAAAGCUCUUGCAUAUUAUGCAAGAAAAACGUGUUGGCUUUUGUUACAUUCAAGGAUCAAAAAGCUGCUAAAAAAGCUUUAAAACUGAAUGGUACCAGUGCGCAAGGUAUCGAUUUAGAAAUUGAAGAGUAUAAAGUAAUUAUACCCAAAAAUAAAUCAACUGUAUUUAUACAGAAUAUAAAACCAGGUGUAACCGAAGAAGAAAUUCGUGAGCUUUUCGCUUCCACAGGGCCAAUUGAAAAUGUGAAUGUAAUUAGUAACUUCGCCACUGUUAAAUUCGCGGAUACUGACAGUUUUUGCAAAGCUUUCCUCUUAAACGAGUCGACUCUGCGCGGACAAGUAAUAUUCUUAGAACCAUAUUCAGAGAAAAAAAAAGAUGUUAUAAGAAAAUUGCAUCAUAAGGCACCAUUGAACCGUAAAAGACCGGCGGGUUCGCAAUUUAAGGGCUUUGCCAAAAGGAGUAAACCUAACUAACUGAUACAUAUAUUUUUAAUUUUCUCACGUAUGAAAAGAAAUUUUUACUUA